AUGGAUACAGAUAAGGACAUUCUGACUAAGCUUCUGUUAGAUGCUCAGGAUCAGGAUGACAGCAUACGGUCAGUAGCAGCAGGCAAACUCAAGCAGCGCCAGGAGCAAGAUUUUCCGGACUUCCUCCUAUCCUUGUCAGCAGAGCUCUUGAAGGAUACAAGUCCACCCGAUUGUAGAAGGCUGGCUGGCAUUAUCUUUAAGAAUUCAGUGGAAGGAAAGUAUUCUGAAGAUAACAACCGAAAUAUCAAACGAUGGAUCAACCUGGAUGAACUUAUCAAAUCCAAGAUUAAGGAGUCAUUGCUGAUAACACUAGGGUCUUCGGCUGCUGAGGCGAGGCACGCGUCGUCACAGAUUAUUGGCAAGCUUGCAUAUAUUGCGAUACCCAGCCGGGAUUGGCAAGACCUCAUUGACAUAUUACUGGGCAACAUGGCACAUCAGGGUGCAUCUCCUCCACUGAAGCAAGCAACUCUAGAGGCUCUGGAGUAUGUGUUUGAGGAGUUCUUGGGGUUGAAGCAGGAUGCAAUUGAUGGUGUUCUGGAUGCUGUCAUCCGGGCAAUGAACCGGGCAGAGCAAAGUUCGGAAGUCUGUCUUGCAGCUGUUAAAGCUCUACAUAAUGUUCUUAAGUUCGCCAAUUUCGCAAAUGAGGAUUGCAGAAAACGUAUAAUGACAGCAAUCUGCAAUGCAGCUAAAUCCGAUGAAGCGGCGAUCAAAGAGGGAGCAUUUGGCUGCCUUACCGCGAUUGUACCAAAAUAUUAUAUGGUGCUAGAACCUUACAUGGAAACCAUACUCAGUCUUACAACUGAAGCUUUGAAAGGAGGUGCGGAAAAAGUUGCACUCCAAUGUAUCGAGUUCUGGAGUACUAUUUGCAAACAAGUGAUAAAACUCCGAGAACAAAAAAAGCAUUUUGCUCAUGUUAGCUCAACUGCAGAUUGUCGCUUUAUUGAGAAGCCCCUCUGUUCACUUGUUCCAGUUCUGCUAGGAACUCUGUUAAACCAGGAGGGAGAUGUUGAUGCACUGAACAUAUUCACGAGUGCUACGACAUGCCUAGGCCUCGUCGCUAGAACUAUCGGGAAUGCAAUCGUCCCACUUGCAAUGCAGUUUGUCGAGGGUAACAUCCAAAUGGCAGAGUCGCGGAGUCGCAAGGCAGCUACUUAUGCACUAGGUGUUAUCCUUGAAGGGCCCUCUAUUGAUAAACUUGCUCCUGUGGUCGGUUUGUUGGUGGACAGGAUGGAAGACCCAAACAUUGAGGUAAGAGGAGCCGCUGUAUGCACCCUUGGGCGAGUGUUUGAGCUUCUGCAUUCUCCAGCUCUUGCAAAAAGAUUUUUCACAGAUGAAGACUUUCGUCGCAUCAUGGCUGUGUUGUCUAAGAGUGGUAAAGAUGUUCCAGAAGUAUCCAAGGAAGUCUGUAGAGCUAUAUAUUUUCUUGCCCGAGGUUAUCAGACAAUCUCAUCUGAGGUAGACCAUUCAAAAAAGGAAAUCUCAUGUGAGCUUUCACCUUUUCUUAGUGGUGUUAUCAAUGCUCUCCUUUCUGCUUCAGAACUUGAUAAGAAGACCCCUUUCGGUACUCGAGCAUCUGCAUCUGCUUAUGAAGCAUUGACUGAGGUUGUGAGAGUAAGCAACAUACACGAUUAUAAAGCUUCAAUAGCUAUCAGAGUCUUAAUGCCUCGUAUCAUGAGAAGAUUGAACACCGCGCUUGAUGCUGAAGCAAUUACAUCGAGCGACAAGGGUAACAAAUACAAUCUUCAGGCGUUGCUGUGCGACCUACUGCUCGUCAUAAUCCAGAAACUGGGCCAAUCACGUGAAGCGGACAUGGUUAAGGAGUAUGCUCAGUUUGUGUUGGUUCUGUUUUGCCGUGUCUUAACUUGCGACUGUUCUACUGCACGUGAUAAAGCAGCGCUUGCCAUUGGUGCUCUGGCUCGUGCUGUCGGUCCAAAGUUUGUGGGUCUCAUGUCUAUAUUUUUGCAGUAUUACAAUGUGAAUCUAUUCUCCCCAAUCUAUUUAGAGGUGAUUGGCAAUAUCUUUCAUGUCUUGGGAGAUGAAAUCCUGCCAUACUGUGAUUAUAUGAUGGAUGUUCUUUUCGAAGGUCUCUCAGAACGGGCGCUUAAACCUCAAAUUUUGGCAUGCUUUGGAGAGAUUGCUCUUGCUAUCGGCAAGGAUUUUGAGGAGUACCUGCAGACUGUUAUUCAAAAGCUUAGAGAAGCUGAUAACCCAAGAUAUUAUGCCAAUAUUUUUGAUGAGGAUAAGGUUGACUACGGUAGUCAGCUUAGACAGGGAAUAUUCAAGGCUUACUCUGGCAUAUUGCGGGGUAUAAAGGACCCAAAAUCUGGUUUGAAGGUAGCAGCGGAUCUAUUUGAGUUUAUUGAAGCUGUCUGCAAGGACGAGAACAGGGGUGCAAGUGUGACAUACACUGCAGUUGAUGUGUUGUCAGAGUUUGGUUCGACGGUGGAGUCAUGGACACAGGGACUGAUUUCGGAAGUAAUGAAGUAG